AUGAAAUUGAAGAACCCGGCCCUGGAUUGGAGCUCUGCAGCUUACGACGACUUCCAACUGAGCAUGCCGAUCAUGGCAGAUCUGUUUAAGCUCAACUCCCUCACUCUACAUUAUGCCUAUUUCGUUCUAACGCCUAUGAUCGUCAGUGUCAUAUACUACACUGUGACCCACAAUGGUGAUCUCCGCUACGUGGAUGCGUUGUUCAUGUGUUUCAGUGCCGUGACAGGCACUGGAAUCGACGUUGUAGAUGUAUCAAGUCAGAACUCGAUUCAACAAGGGCUUCUCUUCGCACUCAUCAUCCUGGGCCAUGCAAUUCCUAUCUGCGGUGUACUCUCUCUGCAACGAGCCUGGUCGCUUCGUGCUGCAUUGGAGGAUGAUACCAGCAAUAAUGAAAUGAGAUGCAUUAUUGAUGCAGAAAAAGACAAAAUUACCGCGGCAGUGAAGGAACUGCCACCUUGCCUACCGUCUCCAACCGAGUCUGAAACACCACAAGAGGACUAUGGCUUCAUUACUGUGGUCGAAUCAACGCCCGAUAAAUAUGAUCAAGAAGUGGGUGUUGGAUCGAUCACUGCCCAGGCGAGCUCUCUAUCGACCGCCCAGAGCUACAUACUUCGAAUAGCCGCAGUCUUCACAAACAUGGCCCGGUCAGCGCGGAAAAAUUGGAUACGGAGAUCAAUCGACUACAACCAGCCUGGCGGAGUUGAGUGUCUCUCUGUCACCCUAGUGUCGAUAUUGGUCCUUGCCUACUUCAUUGGAUUCCUUUGUAUAGGGAUCGUGGGCAUUGGAGUCUGGUCACACGUCUUUCGUCCUGAUAUUGCCCACGAAGAUGGAGUGUCGGCAUUCUGGGGAGGCGCUUUCCUCGCUACUUCUGCAUUGUGCAAUAAUGGCAUGUCCCUUAUCACAACUAACAUGGGCCCGUUCCAACGAGAGGCUUUUCCACUUCUUACUGCCGGAUUCUUGGUUCUCGCUGGAAAUACGCUGUUUCCAUGCCUGCUUCGACUACUCGUUUGGACUAUCAGGAAAGUCACCCCUAAGCAUUCUGACUGGGAUCUUUGGCGACAAGUUCUUGAUCACACUCUCGAUCGAUCACAAAGUGUAUGCAAUUACUUGUACCCUUCUUGGCAUACUUGGUUCUUGUUGGGAACUGUGAUAUUCCUGAAUUGUAUAAUGUGGGCCGCAUUUGAGCUGUCUGCAAUUCACAACGAAGAGAUCGGGGCGCUCCCUCCCGGCUACCGUAUCUUGGACGGAUUUUUCCAAGCACUAUCUGUGCGUGGUGGUGGAUUCUCUAUUGUCGCAUUUGACAGACUGCCCCAGGCGUUGCUGAUUCUUUAUGGACUGAUGAUGUAUCUCUCUGCAUUCCCAGUGUCAACCACAAUCUGUGGCCUUGAAUCAUUCAGACAGUCUUUUUCAUCACCUCCCAACGAAGACAACUUCGAUUACGCGUCUGAAAAAUGCAACCCGCAACUCUCACGGUUUGCGCGCGCUCGAUUUGUGUAUGAUCAACUUCGCUCUCAAUUCGAUAACGAUAUGUGGUGGCUGUGCCUAGCAAUUCUACUCAUCACCGUCGUCGAAUCCAACAACUACAAAGCCCACCCCUUGGCCUUCUCCACCUUCAACAUUAUUUUUGAGGUGAUAUCUGCAUAUAGCUGCGUCGGUGAAACGAUGGGCUUUCCCGGCAAGAGUUAUGCCUUCUCUGGUGAAUGGCAUACCUUCAGCAAACUACUUCUCAUCGUGGUCGCCCUGCGUGGAAAGAUUCGCAGUAUGCCGAUCAAAGUCGAAGGCACUGGCUGCCUUGAACAACACACGCUUGACGACUUGAAUUGCAAGAACCCAACAUAA